AUGGCACAAAUAAUACCACCUCCAGAUACCUACAGCUUACUUCCACCUCUGCUCGCGUGCUUGCCUACCUCGUUUGCAUCGUCGAAACCACCUCCCAGUCUGCUCGAACUUCUCUCGCCCAUACUGCGGCAGAGACUCCAGAUCCAUACCACAUCUUCCUCUGCACAUGACUCGUGGCUGCGCCUUCUCUGUUGGGAUAGCUCCAAAGCAGAACGCUUAAAAGAGAUAGUCGAGAAUGCAAACUUUGAACCACAUCCUGCCUCUGGAGAACUGGAGAUAGGAGAGAUCGAAAGAUUGUGCUACAAGAGGUUUGACCCAGAGACAUUGAAGGCACAGGUACCACUGAAUGACUGGGAUUUGACUGCACUGUAUUUGUGGUGUCUUGGCAGUGAGGAAGGGAAUAACUGGAAAUUGGCAGAGCUGAUACCAUACGACUCUGAUUUGAGCAGCGACCAAACCUGGUCUGCCUCACUUAAUGAAGCAGAGCAGAAAGCCUUGCUAGAGAGUCUCGCAGUGCAGCCACCGCGAGUGAAUGGCGACAACAAAAGUCUGUCAGUACCUGUGCAGGAAGAAGAUGGCGAUGACGACUACUGGGCGCAAUAUGACAAUACGCCUGGACGAACACCUGGUCCACAAACACCAGCAAGGAAACAGUCUGUGAACCCACAAGGUUCCGCAAACUCGGAUGCUGACUACUAUGCUCGGUAUGGCAGCGUACAGCCUGCGAUGGACAGCUACGAUCCAGACGAGCAGCAUGAAGAGAUGGGCGAGUCGACUUUGAACGGCAACAGCAUGCAGCACACGCUUAACGGCGACUCUUAUUCUGAGCCAGAACCGAUCGAAGAGACAAGGUCGCAGCAGUUCCAAGACCUGAGCAAGCUGCAGAUUCCCGAAGAAGACGAACGAGCAGUCGAGAUCAAUCAUCCUAUGCCUUCCUCGCCGUCAUCGAGGGCUGGCUCCGACACAAUUGCAAGGCUGGAAGAGACUGCAGAUCGGUAUUCUGCUAGUGAGAUUGCUAUCAAGCAACAUAUCAGUUACAGCGUUAAGAGCAUGUACCGACUCGCGAAAGGGGCUGGCCUUUCGAGAGGAGACUUUGAAGAUAUGAUCCAGCGAGAGCUUGAGACAUUGAGCUUAUUGGAUAGGGAGUAA